AUGUCAACGACCCUCUUUGGUCAAAAGUACCGAUCGCCCAUCCUCAUGGCACCUAUUGGGGUUCAGUCCCUGGCGCAUCCAGACAAGGAGCCAGGCCUGGCAGAAGUGUGCUCUGAGCUAGAUAUUCCAUAUAUCAUGAGCUCAGCGGCGAACAGUUCAUUUGAGGAGGUAGCAACAGCUAGCGGUCCAGGCAAAAGAUGGUAUCAGUUGUACUGGCCCAAGGAUAACGAGAUUACUCUGUCAUUACUUGAGCGCGCGCGACAGAAUGGGUUCGACGCACUUGUGGUUACUCUGGAUACGUGGUCUUUGGCCUGGCGACCAGCCGAUCUCGAUAAUGGAUUCCUGCCAUUCCUUGCGGGAAAUGGCACAGAAUUCGGUCUUUCGGAUCAUGUGUUCCAAGCAAAGUACAAGGGGAAAACGGGCUCCACCGUGCACGAAGACAUUGCCGGGGCAUCGACAGAAUGGAUGGCCCAGAUCGUUGGGAGAAAUCAUACAUGGGAUGAAGUGGCCUUUCUCCGAAAGGCAUGGUCGGGGCCUUUGAUCCUCAAAGGAAUUCAGCAUGUGCAAGAUGCAAAGGCUGCCCUUACUCAUGGCUGUGACGGGAUUGUCGUUUCCAAUCAUGGAGGCAGGCAGCUAGAUGGAGCCAUUGGGUCGCUUGAUGUCCUCCCAGAAAUUGUUGAAGCAGUCGGAUCUGAGAUGACAGUUCUCUUCGACUCUGGAAUCCGGACAGGCUCGGACAUUAUCAAAGCCCUGGCCUUGGGAGCUCACGCUAUCCUGGUAGGGAGACCAGUGAUGUACGGAUAUGCCGUGAAUGGCAAGCCAGGCGCAAAGGCUGUGCUACAAGGGCUACUGGCGGAUCUCCAUUUGAGUAUGGCCACCGCGGGAAUACCCUCGAUCGGUGCUUGUAACCGAGAGGUAUUGCGGAAGACGCCAUUGGGGAAAGACGCGAAGCUCUAG